AUGUCGGACUCAUUAGUCGAAAAAUGCUUCCCACCUACAAUUGCAGAAACGGAUUCAGGUAUGAUUGUAGAUGGUUUUCAGGCGACUUCCUCUCUCUACGAUAACUCCCAUUCUUCACUUGCACACAAUUGGUCCCCAGGAAAAAAGCUAUAUGUCGUGUCAACUGGCCUCUUCAUAAACUUCAACACAUGUCUCAGUGCAGCACUUCCAACUGGUGCACUGGAAACUCUCACUGCGGCGUUCAAUGUGACAAGUCAAGAGCAAAAGGCACUUCCAGUAGCUGUUUUCUUGAUCGGCUAUAUCUUUGGACCUCUGAUCUUCGGGCCCAUGGGCGAGUCUUAUGGGCGAAAAAUUUGCUUUCUCUUUUCCUUUGGACUGUACACAAUUUUUACAUUAGCGUGCGCUGUUGCACCAAACUGGCCAUUGUUCCUGCUCUUUCGAUUCUUGGUGGGAGUUGGAGCUUCGGCACCACAGUAUAUUCUGGGAGGAAUGUAUUCAGAUAUUUACCCUAACUUACUUCACCGUGGGAAGGCAAUGAUGAUGGCAGGUCUAAUGAAUAGUUUUGGUCCGCUUAUUGGUCCGAUUAUUGCAGGUUAUACGUCUACCACGAACUGGCACUGGAUGUUCUGGAUUGCUCUCAUUCUUGCUACGUCUAACUGGCCCCUGUUGUUGUUCCUCCCAGAGACCUUUGCUCCUGUUAUCAUUCACAGGCUGCAGAAAACACAAGAGCAUAGAUUGGUGCAACCCACUGCUGGAAAGAAUAUGAAAGAUCUGGUCACUAUAACUUUUACAAGACCUAUAAAAAUGUUCGCCGAACCACUUGUCCUCUUUUCCGAUCUUUUCCUCGUCUACCAAUACAGCAUUUACUACCUUUAUUUCGAAGCUUAUCAGAUCAUCUUCCAAGGUCCGUACGGCAUGACCUUGGGCCAGGUAGCUCUCCUAUUACUACCAAUUGGUGUAGGUGGCAUCAUAGCCAUGUUUAUCUUCCUCUGGUAUGACCACUUUCUAUCGCAGAGUAAGCUUAGCGGAAAAGAAUGGGCUAUGCGCGAAGAGUAUCGUCGUCUACCGCUUGCAUGCGUUGGAGGACCUCUCUACGCGAUUUCUCUAUUCUGGCUGGGAUGGACAGCGCGUCCAAGUAUUCAUUGGUCCGUACCCGCUCUUUCAGGUAUCGUGUUCGGCAUUGGCAUUGAUCUUACGUUCAUGGCGCUGAAUAACUACAUCACGGAUGCUUAUGACAUAUAUUCGGCUUCUGCUCUUGCUUCAUCUGUAUUGAGCCGGAAUAUUGCAGCUGCACUGUUGGUACCGUUGGCAACCUAUCAGAUGUAUGAUGCUUUGGGUGUUGCGUGGGCUUGUAGUUUGUUGGGUUUUGUCUGUCUGGCUCUCAGUCCCAUUCCAUUUGUUUUCAUUAAGUAUGGACCAGUCUUGAGGAAAAGGAGUAAAUUCUGUCAGGCGAUUGAAAGGAGAGAGUCUUUGACGUGA